AUGGACGUCGACGACGACGCCGGCGCCUCGACCCCGCCGACGCCGACGUCCGUGCGCGAGCUCCUCGAGGCCCACGAGGUGCCCGAGGCCGUCGUCACGCGCGUCGAGAACGCGCUCAGCGAGUACCUCGAGGACGCGGCGCUCGCCACGGCCGAGGACGUCGACGCCUUCGUCGUCGACGAGCUGCUGACGCCCGCGACGGCGGGUAAGCUCCGGCGCGCCUUCUCGGCGGCCGGCGCGGACCUCGGCGAGCGGCCGUCGACCGCGUCGGACCGCCUCUCGGAGUUCCUCGUCGAGACCGCGUCCGCGUCCGCGGCGAUCACGGCGCGCUUCGUCGGCUUCGGCUGCGAGUAG